CUCUCUUUCUCGGGUUCUCUGAACUGCACCAUGACCCAAACCCUCAAGUUCACCUCCGGAGUGUUCCAUCGCGUCCGCUGGGCUCCUGAGUUGGGCGCCUCCGGAGGCUCCAACUCAACGCCCCGGAGCUUGGCGGACAUCCCUGGCCCCUCUGUGCCUGCCUUCUUAGCUGAACUUUUCUGCAAAGGGGGACUGUCGAGACUACACGAACUGCAGGUGCAGGGCGCUGCGCGCUUCGGCCCCAUGUGGCUGGCCAGAUUCGGGACCCUGCGCACAGUGUAUUUGGCCUCCCCUGCACUCGUCGAGCAGCUCCUGAGACAAGAGGGUCCUCGGCCAGAGCGUUGCAGCUUCUCGUCCUGGGCGGAGCACCGUCGCCGCCACCAGAGGGCUUGCGGACUACUUACCGCGGAAGGUGAAGAAUGGCAGAAGCUCCGUAGUCUCUUGGCGCCGCUUCUCCUCCGGCCUCAAGCGGCUGCUGGCUAUGCCGAAACCCUGGACAAAGUGGUCUGUGAUCUUGUGCGACGACUAAGGCGCCAGAGGGGACGUGGCACCGGGCCGCCCGCCCUGGUUCGGGAUGUGGCGGGAGAGUUUUACAAGUUUGGACUGGAAGGCAUAGCCGCGGUGCUACUGGGUUCUCGCCUGGGCUGCCUGGAGGCUGAAGUGCCCCCGGAUACCGAGACUUUCAUCCGCGCGGUAGGCUCGGUGUUUGUGUCUACGCUGUUAACCAUGGCGAUGCCCAGCUGGCUGCAUCGCCUAGUGCCGGGACCUUGGGCCCGCCUCUGCCGAGACUGGGACCAGAUGUUUGCGUUUGCCCAGCAGCUCGUGGAGCGGCAAGAGGCCGAGGUAGCCACGAUGAACCAGGGAAACCCUGAAAAGAACAUGCCAUCUGGGGCACACCUGACCUACUUCCUUUUCCGGGAGAAAGUGUCUGCCCAGUCCAUCCUGGGGAAUGUGACAGAGCUGCUACUGGCUGGAGUGGACACGGUGUCCAACACACUCUCCUGGGCUCUCUAUGAGCUCUCCCGGCAUCCUGAAGUCCAGAAGGCACUCCAUUCUGAGAUCACAGCUACCCUGGGCCCAGGCUCCUGUGCCCACCCGCAAGCCACAGUUCUGUCCCAGCUCCCCCUGCUGAAAGCUGUGGUCAAGGAAGUACUAAGACUGUACCCUGUAGUACCUGGAAAUUCCCGUGUUCCAGACAAAGACAUUCAUGUGGGUGACUACAUUAUCCCCAAAAAUACGCUGGUCUCUCUGUGUCACUACGCCACUUCAAGGGAUCCUGCCCAGUUUCCAGAGCCAAACAGUUUUCGCCCAGCUCGCUGGCUGGGGGAGGGCCCAGCCCCCCACCCAUUUGCAUCUCUUCCCUUUGGCUUUGGCAAGCGCAGCUGCAUGGGGAGACGCUUGGCUGAGCUUGAGCUUCAAAUGGCUUUGGCCCAGAUCUUGACCCAUUUUGAGGUGCUGCCUGAGCCAGGUGCUCCUCCUGUCAGACCCAUGACCCGGACUGUCCUGGUGCCCGAAAGAAGCAUCAACCUACAGUUUGUGGACAGAUAGUCCUUUGAAAGAGGCUGUCAUCAACACAAUUUCUUUCAUCAUAGGGAUUUUUUGGGCAGAAGAUCAAGAGAUACACGUGUUCCCAGACAAGGCCUAACUAAGCUGAAUAUAAUGACCGUAGCAAAGUGCAGGAGGCAGCCCUGACCCAUGUGUGAAGUAUGCACUUGACCUAUCUCAGUAGGUCCUGAGCCAACCACGGUCCCUCCACUUGCUUGGCUCUUUUCCUGGUCAUAUACAAAUCCUUCAGAGCUAACUCAGAUUUUAACAGGUAAUCUGGGUGGCCUGAGAUAGGAUUCAACUACUGCUCUUUUGGUGCUUCCACAGUGCUCACUGAUGCUGCUGGCUAAGCAUUUCUCACAGCAUGAGCAAAGAAAUUGUGCAUCUGCUCUGUACCUCAUUGGUCUCCCUUUAAAUAUGUGAGCUCUUCAAGAGAGACGGAUGAGACUUUAUUUGGUCUUCAUAUUCCACAUCAGGACCUAUCUGAUUAGGUGACAAAACACACAUUCUCAUAUUGAAACUGGACCAUGUAGAGAAGGGAUAAACAGCUUACCAGGCUAUGUCUACCCCUCUUCCUUCCUUCAUCUUGCCCCAAGAAGAUGAAUCUGCCCUAGACUGGUUGAUGAUUUAAAAAAAAAAAAAAUCUUGGCUCUCUAGUCACUUUUUCUUCUUUUUCUU